UAGACACUUCCUGACUGUAAGCUGAAGGGUGGGACAGGCGGAAGCAGCGUCUUGCUUCAACUGCUUACAUAUUUCUCUCGCUGUGCAGUUGGAUUGAUAUCCUUAAUUCAACAUGCCGGCCUAUCACUCAAAUCUGAUGGCCCCUGAAACCAGACUGGUUGGGAACAUAGCGUUGCUCCCUCUCAAAACCCAGUUUAAAGGACCAGCCAGAGGAGACGGUAUAGAUUCUGAUAUAAUUGACGAAGCUAUCUAUUACUUCAAGGCCAAUGUCUUCUUUAAGAACUAUGAAAUAAAGAAUGAGGCAGACAGGACGCUGAUCUACGUCACACUUUACAUUUCUGAAUGCCUGAAGAAGCUACAGAAGUGCAGCUCCAGGAGCCAGGGAGAAAAGGAAAUGUACACUCUGGGCAUUACAAACUUUCCCAUUCCAGGGGAACCUGGCUUCCCUCUUAAUGCUAUGUAUGUUAAGCCUGCAAACAAACAGGAAGAAGAGACAAUGAGAGCAUAUCUGCAGCAGAUCCGCCAGGAGACUGGCUUGAGACUCUGUGAUCGUGUGUUUGACCCCCAAACUGACAAACCCAGCAAGUGGUGGAUGUGCUUUGUCAAGAAACAGUUCAUGAACAAAAGCCUGUCUGCUCCUGGACAGUAACCCGAAACGCAGCCACAGUUUUUCUUCUACAAGUUUCCAAGAUGGUCGGAUGGAAUUUUUUGGGUGGGGCAAGAUGGAUUUGUUUUUUGAGAUUUUAUACUUUUUGAGUUCAUUUGUCCAGAUGUUCAGUUGUCUCAUAUUAAGCUGGUGCUUAAUUCAAUAAAUAAAUUGCUGAGAUUGGAAA